AAUCACUGGUUUAUACUAGCUCGUCAUCAGGAUAUUGGAUAUUGGAUAUUGGAGGACAUUGGAUAUUGGAUGCAAAAUAACCUUGAAGAUUGGACUAAGUUUCAUUUCUCCGUCGAUACAUAGACAGAGUGCUCUCUUAGUUUUCAAGGUAAACAUCAUGUCUACAGCCGGUCAUCUGGUUGAAAAUUCUGGACGAGUUGGGAACAGUUUGAAGACUGAGACCCCAAAUGUUAACAAAAUUACCCGCAAGUUCGGACUGCUUGAUAUAAACAUCCAACAAAAUGUCCCUGCACACCCAGAAAUCAAGCGAGACCAAAAACGAAUAAUUCCAAAGGAGGCAUAUGAUGAAGAGCCCGAAAAAUAUUUUCCACCUAAAGACGACGAUAUUGAUGAACAUGUACUUGCCAGGCUGGAUAGGCUAAAUUCUCUGUUGGAUGGGGUGAUCUCGCUGUCAUGUGGAAAAACGUUUGCGGUUUAUAAAGAUUCCUCCGCAAAAGAUGACGCCGACAAAUCAGAUCCAUCAAAUAUUGAAAUACCUGAUUCGGAAUUCAGUACUAUGUUCAACCGCUUCUACUAGGCACACAUGGUUACAACUUCCAUUUCAGAAACCUUGAGAGAGGAUGCUUAUCUUUUAUCAAUUCACCUUAAUAAAGACUGACUGGUUUUAUACUCAUUUUUGGCUGAUUGACAGUGUACAAACAUUGUUUUCGAUAUAAGCUUCAUGUUGUAACUGUUUCUUGUUAUGUGCUGUGGAAUAUAAAAUAUGUUUAGUCUUUCGCAUUUCCUUUUUGGUUUAGUAAAUCAUCGGCCACACAAA